UGACGCAACAGCUCAUAUGACCGAUUGAUCCGGACCGAACCGAGCAGCUCCGGGAUGGCGGGCCGAGGAAAACUGAUCGCUGUCAUCGGCGACGAGGACACCUGCACGGGCUUCCUGCUCGGCGGGAUCGGAGAGCUGAACAAGAACCGGAAGCCGAACUUCUUGGUGGUGGAGAAGGACACGAGCAUCACGGAGAUCGAGGAGACGUUCAAGAGCUUCUUGGCUCGGAGUGACAUCGCCAUCAUCCUGAUCAAUCAGUUCAUCGCUGAGAUGAUUCGCCACGCCAUCGACGCCCACAUGCAGUCCAUCCCCGCCGUCCUGGAGAUCCCGUCCAAGGAGCACCCGUACGACGCGUCCAAGGACUCCAUCCUGCGCCGCGCCAAGGGCAUGUUCUCAGCCGAAGACUUCCGAUGAGCAGCCGAAGAUCUCGUGUGUUGACGUGUUGCUCCAGUCACUCGAUGUUUUCCAGGAAGUCAAUGUUCAGCUGUCACCUUUUAGGCUCCGCCCCCUCAGCUCUUCUGCCCUGUCAGUGUUUGUUCCUUGUGUCUUAAA